UUGAUAUAAUUAUAUAAUUAUAUAGUAAUGAGUCAAUAUAUUGAUGAAGUUUCCAGUAACACUGAAGAAUUUGAAGAAAGCAGUAUCAAGGAAAUUGAAGCAAGUAGUAUCAAGGAAAUUGAAGAAAGUAGUACAGAGGAGUAUAUAGGUAAAAGUAAUGGUUUGGGGAUUUUGAUGGAGGGGCUAUAUGGUAUUCAUAUCCAAAUGAUGAUAAUCAGAUUGAUGCUGAGUAUGAUGAUGAUAUUUAUAAUAAUGCUUAGUAAAUUUGGAAAUAGUGGAAAUGAAAUUUUGGAUGAAUUUAUUCUUAAAGAAAAAUUAAAAUGGAUCCCUUAUAAUCAAUUUAAAAAUGUUGAAUAUCUUGAUAAAGGAGGAUUUAGUACUAUAUAUAAAGCUAUUUGGGUAAAUAGUAUAGAAAAUGUAGAAAAUGUAGAAAAUGCUGAAGUAGUUCUUAAAUGUGUCAAUAAUUUGAAUGAAAAUUUGGAUGAAUUUUUAAAAGAAUGGAAAUGUCUUGCAAAUUUUACAACAGUGGCUGCAUUUAUUAAUUUAUAUGGAUUCACAAAAAAUCCAAAUACAUUAAAUUAUAUGGCAGUAAUGGAUUAUGCAAAUAAAGGUAAUUUAAGAGGAAAUUUGGCAGAAGUAAUUAAAUAUAAUUGGAAACAGAAAUUGCAUAUGUUAUAUAAAAUUAUUUAUGGGCUUAAUGGAAUACAUCAAAAAAAUCUUAUUCAUUGUGAUUUUCAUGAUGGCAAUAUUUUAAAUGGGAAUAUAAAUGAAGAUAAUCAAGUUUAUAUUAGUGAUUUGGGAUUAUGUAAACCUGUAAAAUCUUUUUUAGAAAAAGAUAGUAUUUAUGGUGUUAUACCAUUUAUGGCACCUGAAGUUUUAAGAGGUAAACCUUACACUCCAGCUAGUGAUAUAUAUAGUUUUUCUAUGAUCAUGUGGGAGUUUACAUCUGGAGUUACGCCAUUUAAAAAUAGAGCACAUGAUCUUCAACUUAGUUUAAGUAUUUGUAAAGGUGAACGACCAGAAAUUAUUGAAAAUACUCCACAAUGCUAUGUGGAUUUGAUGAAAAAAUGUUGGGAUGAAGACCCAUUAAAAAGACCAUCUUCUGUAGAAGUUAAGGAUAUUUUUAAUAAGUGGAUUUAUCUUCCAGAUGGAAAGAAAAUUGAAGAUAUUGAUGAAGAGUUAAAAUGCAAUAUUAUGGUAUUUAUAAAUGCACCAAUUGGGCAGUAUUACAAUCCUGCUGCUGAAUCUCAUCCACAAGCAUGUUACAACAGUCGCUUGCUUGGUUUUACUAGUAAAAAAUUGAAUGAAAUUAUUGAAAGUAAAGAUUCACAAGAAUAUCAUGCAAAUAUUAAAACAGAUGAAAAUAACAGUAAAAAUUUGAAUGAAAUUCUUGAAAGUAAAGAUUCACAAGCUAGUGUAAAAGCAAAUGAAAUUCUAGUAGUAAGUGAAGAUUUGAAUGAUUGUAUAAUUAAAGAUUUGGGGUCAUUAGGUAUGUACUAUGAUAUAUAA